CGACCUCCAGCUUUCAAGGACGACCUCAGGCGCCAGCAGACGGGAAAGACCGAAGACGAGGUGGAAAUAGACGGAAGCGGUCGACCAUUUUCGCGGUGACAUCUGUUUUGUAUCGAGCAAGCGCAUGCUCCUAUUUUGCUAUCUUUGCACAAGUGAAUACGUUGUUCUGACAAAGCCCGGGUUUCACUUGUAGUUAGCUGACUGGCUCGCAAGCUCGAACAGCUCAGCGACCUCCAGCUUCAAGUCCGGACUUUACGCCCACACUAUCACGGUUUCGCACGCUCGGGAAUGCAUCAUUGCCCUAAGAAUCAUGACAGGAAUCAAUAUGCGACUAGAGGACUGUAAGGAAUGCUGCCAAACAAUGUUCAGAGUUCGUGGGUGUCAAACUGAUACGUUUAUCUAACAGGGCUGGAUGACCUCUGCGUUCGGUUCAUUGUAAACCUCCCAAGAGAAGAACUGGAGUCCGUCGAGCGAAUAUGUUUUCAGGUCGAAGAAGCUCAGUGGUUCUACGAGGACUUUAUUCGGCCACUCGAUCCAAACCUGCCGUCCCUCAAACUCCGCGAGUUUGCCCUGCGCAUCUUUCAACACUGCCCUCUCAUGUCACAGUGGUCCCAUUAUCACCAUUCAACCGCAUUCUCAGAGUUCCUGGCAUACAAGACGAGAGUUCCUGUACGUGGGGCUAUUCUUCUCAACCAAGAAAUGGAUGAGGUCGUGCUUGUCAAAGGCUGGAAGAAAGGUGCAAACUGGUCGUUCCCUCGUGGUAAAAUAAAUAAGGAAGAAAAGGAUCUGGAUUGCGCUGUCAGAGAGGUUUACGAAGAAACCGGCUUUGAUAUAAGAGCUUCUGGCCUAAUAAAGGACGAAAAGAACGUCAAAUAUAUCGAGAUACCAAUGCGUGAGCAGAAUAUGCGACUCUACGUACUACGUGGAGUACCCAAGGAUACUCACUUCGAGCCCAGGACGAGAAAGGAAAUCAGUAAAAUAGAAUGGUAUAAGCUCUCCGAUCUUCCAACGUUGAAAAAGAACAAGCAGCAUGAAAAUGUGCCUUAUCAAAACAACAAUAAGUUCUACAUGGUUGCAACCUUUCUUGGCCCUCUCAAGAAGUGGAUUGCCAAACAGAGGAAGCUGGACCAGGCCCGAAUCUCGCAUCCUCAUAUAGCCAUUCAAGAGGAGAUGGGCGGAGCGAUAAUAACUGAAGAUGAAGGAACUGAAGAUCACCAAGAUAUAACGGAGGAAUAUCCGGCCCAUCCCGCUCCGACAAUGCCAAUUCUACCACCUGUUCAUUCAGACUUACCUGAGGUAUCCACGCCACUUGAUCCGACGGUCCAUUUGAAGCGCUUGCUUAACAUUGGAUCAGCGGCUUCUACCGCCCCUACCAAGCAACCCGACUCUGACCGACAACGUGAACAACAACACCAACAUGUUUCGAAUAUUGAUAAAGGAAAUGCGCUUCUACAGUUACUUAGGAAUGGAUCUGAAACCCACCCCCCUGAAAAUCCACCUCUUGCGCCUAUACCAGUACAUCCUAGCAAAGCACUUCCAACCAUACAUUCGCAGCAAACAACACCACAGCCAACUCCUGGUCAAGCCUUUGCUCCUCCCAUAACACAAUUUGGUACCGGAAACCAGUACCCACAACAUCCGCAAAACCAAAUAAGUAAUCAACCGCCAUAUGCCUAUCCAGAACAGAAAUCUGCUGCUCAACCCCGGCAUGAAUAUGUAGGGCAGGCUCCUCACCAAAUGCCCCAUGAGCCAGCUAAGCCGCCGUUCACUGCUUAUCCACCACCGUUGCGCCAAAUUGGCACACAGCCGCCAAUUUCCAGCGCUCAGCAUGUAACUCCGCCUUACCACCGUACUGGAGAUCCUCAGUUUGCUUCAAACAACCAAAAAUUGCAAACAAUCCUGCCCUCCGUGCCUCCUGCAAAUGCGUUGCCUUUACCAAAACUUAAUAGCCACUCUCUUGCAUUGCUUAGUGUUUUCAAAGGUGAUGGCGUUAAGAACACUGCAGCUAUGCCAGGCUCCAUACCCGCAUCCACAGUUGAACCAUUUCCACAAAAUGAUGCAAAAUCUCAGCACAAAAACCAACUUCUGAGAAUGUUAAAGCAGCCGAGCGGCUCGCAUCUUCACAAUGGUGGUGGUUUGCACCCACCGGGCCGUGUUGAGCUUGCGACUCAGAAUAGCCCGAGGAUCCAGGAGCAAACAGGGAUGCAUCCUCCCGGGCUAUCUCUAGACAGUCAAACUAAGGCGCCAAUAAUUUUGCAAAAUCCACAUCGACCCAGGACCCCUUCUCAACCUACUGUAGGGAAGACAGCAGCCACGCUAUCCGCACCCUUGAAUCUGCCUAAUUUUGAGGGGAUUGCCAAGUCACCACGCAGUCCACGCAGGGAGAAGAAACAUACUCCCUCUCAGUCAUCAGCGAUGAAGUCAAAUAUCAAAAUACUUCCUCGCCCAACAUCAAAUAACAAUGAGGGCGUACCGGUGGCAGUGAAGGCCAAUACCCUUUCUCCAGCUCCUAGACCUAACGUCAAGCUUUCAGAAAUGACCAAACCAUUUAAGCCCAAGAUUCUCCGUCGCCCAGACAAGGAUAAUCUAGAUGAGUACCUUCCUACUUCCACGGUUACCGUGAGCGCUUUCUCAAAGCCUGAGCCACCACCGGUUAGCGAUGAUGAAGUGGUGCAGAAGACCCUACCGCAACCACAGUUUGAUCUACGACCAAGUCAGUCGGCUGCACAGAAAGAAACACUUCUUUCUCUCUUCAACAAAGAUCUUCCACCUCCAUCCACCGGUAUAAAGCGGGAUAUAACAAGGCAGGCUAAAUCUCCAGCCUUGGUUUCUCCUCCUUUCUCAACCCUUAUAAGCCCUGUUACCGAUCCACUCAACAGCCCGAGAGAAGCUACCAGGGGAGGUGGAUCUGAGAGACGGAGCGGUGCAGCGUCUCCCUCUAACCAGGCAUUUUUAAUUGGAUAUCUAGAGGAUGUUGCUACAGGCAAGAAAUAGAUACGAGAUGUAACAAAAUUCGUUCAGUGGUUUGUUCACUCUUAUAUUUGUCCUUAUACAACAUCUCGUGCGGAAUGAAUAACCUGGCUGGCCACUCUCCCUUUUAAUAUCAGGAUAAAGAUAAAUAUGCCAUGGUUAUGGAACAUGGGCCGCGUGAGGUCAUUAAAAGCACUAGAUAGGUCUGCCGUGCUGUAUAACAAAGCUCCGAGUCAUGGUUAAAAUUAAGCGUUGGUGGCUAAAUACAAGUUGGGACCAUUGCGCAAGCUAUUCUUAUGAAAUUUAGCAUUCAACGUCCAUCACACUCUAUUUAAGCACAGGGAAACCAUUUCUAGAGGAUGGAGCUAUCAACUUCUUGUACGAGGACUUUCAACGUGAUGAUGACAGAGUGGCACAAUCACCUUAUACAUACGUAGCGUGAGAGAGGUUUAUUUCGCUCAGUGAGUUUAUGUGCCUGAGCGGCAUAAUUGCCCCUGAUAAACAGACCAUAUCCCUGAACUGGGAAUGGACACAUUGUAAUAUACAGCCAAUUCCGCCCCGUUGAUCCUCCCAGUUUAUUUAGAUGGCGGAGACUGAUUAUCAGCAAUCAAUAGCAUAUUUUGCCACAUGAUAACCAUCCCUUUCGAGUAUUGAUCCGACGAUAUAUCGUAUAUACGAAAGUACUUAAGAGCAGUCGUUCAACCUGCCUUCUCUAUAUAUCUAUAAAUACCUCCCUCAUUGCAUGCCAAUAUCUCCGAGAGGGCUCUCCUGAUAAACGAUUAGACUUUGCCAGCUUCUAUAACAGCCCUCAACCCACAACAUGAAGGCCUCAUUAUUUAUCCUUUCAGUACUUUCAAUAUUUGCUUGCUAUGCAGCUGCUGAUUGCUGCUAUACCUCCCGUGACAAUGUGAGAAUGUUCCGAGGUCCUUACUCUCCUUUCAAAUUCUUGUUCUCAUUGGUUUUCAAAUAUAGAUGUGCAAAGAUGGAAAGCCAGGGAAACCAUACUGCGGAGUCGGAGGUAACAAGUCUCCUUAUUCCAGGAGAGGAGUUGAUAAAGGGCCUUUCUAACACAUUGCUCAUGGUAGAUUGCAACUUCAUUGGCUGUGAUUGUCAAGGAGGAUGUCGCUAGUUUGACGGGUAUAACUAAAGCUGCCCAACGCUGGGCUGUUUGGUGGCUUCCUCCGGGGGUCUGUGAACAAUUGAUAAUUUUCUGUGUUAUUCUUGUCCUAUAUCUUCGAGAUCUUAUUUGGAAUUCGCUCCAAGGGCCCUGGAGUUGUUUUGGGAUUGUAUCUUUAGGUGUUGUCGGGUUCUGCUAGGGUAAUUAGUUAUUUAGUUAGCCGGGAAGACCACACAAGUUAACUAACUAAUUGAUCGGGACAAUGCGAGUUUUGAUUUAAAUAACGGCAUUUCGGAUAUACGUAAGGAAUAAUAUGUUAUAAUCUGACUAUUUCCUUGAUAAUUAACUAGACAAAUGGACCCUAUUCAUUUCUCUCGCUUAUAAAGAUAUUGAAACAGGUCGUAAUUUUAUUUAAUUAGUAUCAAGGUCUGCCACUACACCAAAAGGAGU